AACAAAACAACAUUCAUUUAUUAAAUUUAUUUAGUUAGAUUUUUUAAUAUACUUCUGAUUUUAAAUAAUUUUGUCAAGCAGUCAACAACUGUUGUCAUGUAAUAAUAUUUACAGGUUAUAUUUACACAGCAACAGUCAAAUUUGAAAACUAAACAUGACUUUUUCCAUUUUACUAACAAUAAAUCAGCAGUAAAAUCGAAAUUCUCGAAAAUGCAUGGAGAUCAGCAACUAUCAAACACCGCCAAUAAAGUCCUACACUUAUCAGUAACAACAUGGAGAACCAUUUUUACUUGGAUCUCAUGGAUGUUUAUGGUGAUUUUAAUUAUGUCUUUCAUAUUUAUAUACACCAUCACUAAUAGGAAUUACAACCAAGUGUUUUACAUUGAUAGAAACGCACCAGCAGUAUUUACAACGAGUGAAAAGUUUCUUAGCAUUGCUUUGGACUCGAGUGUAAUAGCCAGAGGACCAAAUGCAUACAAUUUUUCGAAUAGGAGAUUGUUAAACAUGAUUAAGUACAUGCAACCAGCAUAUUUUCGAAUUGGGGGUACUAUGGGUGACAGACUGCAUUUUAAUGCAAAUACUACUGUAAAAAAUUAUUAUGAAUAUUUUGAUUUGUUACAAGAUGGAGAUUCUUGUGCAUAUGAAGAUGACUAUUGUGAUUUUGUGCCUAGACCCAAUUUUACCAUGACGGCCCAGCAGUGGUUAAUGUUGAAUAGCGUUGCAACUGAAGCGAAUCUUGACAUAAUUUUCGGAUUGAACGCCUUGAUAAGAAACGCUGAUGGUUCAUGGAACUUUGAAAACGCCAAAGAGCUUAUCAAAUUCUCAGCUGACCAUAAUCUUGAAAUAAACUGGGAAUUGGGAAAUGAGCCCGAUGCUUUUAUGCAUCAGUUCAAUUACGUAGUAAAUGCUACCCAACUUGCGAAAGAUUUCAGAACUUUGAGACAUAUUUUAAACAUUAACGAAAGGUAUAAAUAUUCGAUUUUGGUAGGACCAGAUGUUACCAGACCGAUUGAAGGACAUCAGAAAAAAGAGAAGUUCUUUGAGAGCUUUAUUAGUCAUGCAAAACCAGCGAUAAAUUCUAUUACAUGGCAUCAAUAUUAUUUUAAUGGCCGUACAGCUUUACCAGGCGAUUUUGUGGAUGUAUCUAUUCUAGACUUGCUUGCCACUCAAAUCGCAGCAGUGAAACAAAUUCAAAGUAACGCAGGAGCCAGUGAAUUACCGAUAUGGCUUGGUGAGACUUCCUCGGCUUACGGAGGUGGUGCCAAAGGGAUGUCGGACCGAUUCAUCGCCUCGUUCAUGUGGUUGGAUAAACUGGGCCUCUCGGCGCAAAUGGGCCUUGAUGUGGUGAUAAGGCAAUCAAUUUUGCAAGGCAAUUACGCUUUGAUUGGUGAGGAUUACACGCCCAGUCCCGAUUGGUGGGUGAGCGUGUUGCAUAAGCGUCUAGUUGGUCCUGUAGUGGUGAACAGCUCUUUUGUUUCGUACCCUGAAUUACGCUUAUACGCGCAAUGUACCAGCAACAAUGUGCCAUAUUUUCAAGGCUCGUCUGUAACUAUUUUUGGUAUAAACAUUAAAAACGUGUUUGCCAACAUAAGAAUUCAAGGAUUGAGUGAAAAGGCUACAAGAAUUUACAUUUAUGAACUGACUACGGAUCAUUUAUUUUCUCGCAAUGUCUUUUUGAACGGCGUGAGGUUGACUUUGACGGAAGAAGGAUAUUUGCCACCAAUGGAGCCUAAAAUUGUUUCAAUCAAUACUGAUCUGGAAAUGCAACCAUAUUCUGUAAUGUUUUUUGUUAUUCCAAAUGCACAGGUAAAAGCUUGUGAUAAUCACUGACCCUUUUGUGAAUAUAAUCAUUGACUUCAUGACUUUUAUGUAAUAUAAAAUUAUUUAUAAUAUAUUUUAUAAUUUUGUAACAGAA